UCAAGGUUGUUCUAAUUAUGACUCAAACCCCAUCUUUUAAGAAAUCCACGAACAAUUCGCUUACAGGAAGAAUUUACACUCAAAAGUAAAAAAAUGGGCUUAAAAGAAUUUAACAUCACGUUCGACAACCCUUAUCGAACAUAUUACGUUGGCCAAACAGUAACAGGAAGACUCGAAGUUGUGUUAGAUUCGCCGAAGAAAAUCAGAGGUAUUUUAUUGAAAUUUAAGGGUGAGGCCAAAGUUAGAUGGACAGAGCAUGAAUCAAGAACGAAUCAAGAAGGGAAAUCGGAAACCCAAUCUGUGUCUAUGACCGGAGAUGAGGAGUAUUUUAAAACGCAAUAUUAUUGUUUUGGUGGAGCAAACGCUGAUACGACCGAGUUACCAAUCGGAAGCCACAUUUACCCAUUUACUUGUGUUUUACCACCAAAUUUACCAUCAUCGUUUGAAGAUGAGUACGGUUAUAUAAGAUAUACGAUAAAAGCAAUUAUAGACCGUCCGUGGAAAUUCGAUCAUGAAACCAAACAAGCAUUCACAGUUUUAUCUCAAUAUGAUUUAAACUCAAAUCCUAAAUUAAGCGAACAAGCAAAAAUAACCAUGGAAAAAUUUAUGUGUUGCUGUUGGUGUCAAUCUGGUCCGUUAUCUUGUGUUGUAACGUUACCAAAAGCCGGUUAUGUACCUGGCGAGGCCAUACCUAUUUUAGCUGAAGUCGAUAAUAACUCUAAUGUUACGGUAUCUAAAAUUAAAUUUGAGCUACAAAAAGUUAUCACGUGUUAUUCGCAAUUUCCAAGGAGGGAUUCCAAGAAAUCAGUGCAUGUUGUUGCGGUUUUAGCAAUGGGACCGAUUAAUAAUAACAGUUUGCAGCUUUACACUCCUACAAUGACUUUACCACCACUACCACCAUCUAAUUUAGUUCAUUGCAAUAUUAUUGAUUUGGAUUAUGCUUUAGAAAUAGUUUUAGAUAUAGAUGGGUGCCACAGCAAUUUAAGUAAAUCCAUACCAAUUUCAAUAGGCACAAUUCCGUUAAAGGUAUCUCCAUCCGCACCACCAUUAACCCCACCUCCAUCCGAAGGAGGCCCAUUGUUGGGGUGGGUCUUAGACGGACAGGCACCUACUUUUGGAAUGUACAAUUACGGAGCAACAAAUUUACAAGAUCGGGAUGAUAAUCAGCACACGAUGUUCGAUACGGAACCAUUUCAUCCAAUGUAUCCAGUUUAUAAAUUCACGAAUGGUCCUCAAAGUUAAUCUUUAGAGAUUUAAGAGGGGUUUGGUGCUUUUUCAGAUUUAUUUACCUCAAUUUUUGCUGUUGUUUUUUUGAUAUACUUGCGAAAUAAAUUUAAUAAUUUUGCAA